CAUCAGGGACCAUGUUCCUGGCCGAUUUACCUAGGUUUUAACCAGGUCUGGCGAAUCGUGGGAUCUGACUGGCCUUCCCGCGCCCGCUAGCGACGCGACAGGCUGGGUCUUCAAGGCCAUUUUAAGUUUUCGAAGGAUGGGGGAAUGGUCCUUCUCCAGAUUAGACUAAUUUUAGGGUUGCCCAACGACACAGCGACAAUGUUGCUCGCGCGUCCUCGAUCACCGGGGUGUGUCAUCCCCAGAGUUAAGAUCUGCAGAGGACAGAGGCUGCUCGAUGAGCUAUUAACGACGUUUCUGAAAAAAAAGAAAAGGAAAACGGGUUUCCUGUGUCCUCCAGCGAGCCAUGCAGGUAUUGCCGGCUCGGACAUCGCGAGAGAAGGCCUCGCGCUUUCUCGUGCUCCCUUUGUCUUCUUGUUUCUCUCGUAUCUCUAUCGUCUACGAGACUUCGUUCAUCCUUCGCUUCUUCCCCUCCCCACUGGAUCUGAUCUCGCCAUUCUGCCAAUUGAGAAGGUUACACCCGCCCUCCUUGGCUAUGAUUGGACCUUGCAACCUUUCCCCAGGAACAACCAUGCUCACUCCACAAUAUAUCCUUAAUUCCCAUGCCACAGGUUUCGUUUGCUGUUCCGGAAAAAUCUAAGGCCUGCCCCGGCCAUAGCCGGCUCUUGCUCACAGACAACGAUCCCAUGUAUCCCUGACAGGGGGUGAAGGGGAUACGGAAAGUCAAAGAGGUUUGACACGGAGUGAACGGAACGCAGCGCUGGGUCCCAUGGGGGAUACGUCAUGUGGAAUUUAUGCGGGACACAUGUUAUGGGAUACCAG